GGAUGCUGGAAGAUGGGAAGAAAUUUGACUCCUCCCGGGAUAGAAACAAGCCCUUUAAGUUCAUGCUGGGCAAGCAGGAGGUGAUCCGAGGCUGGGAAGAAGGGGUGGCCCAGAUGAGCGUGGGUCAGAGAGCCAAACUGACCAUCUCCCCAGACUAUGCCUACGGUGCUACUGGGCACCCUGGCAUCAUCCCACCAAACGCCACUCUGGUCUUUGACGUGGAGCUUCUGAAGCUGGAAUGACAGCACUGGCCUCCCCUUAGCCCCUGUGCUCGGAUCAGCCCCGGAGGGACCUGGCGCCUCCAGACGCACGCACGUGACUCCGAACGGAGCUUCCUCUGACGUUCGUUCCACUACACUCUUGUGUAAACAUCUACCCCUGACUGAAUGCGUUCUGUCACUCAGCUUUGCUUCCGACACCUCUGUUUCCUCUCCCCUCUCGUAUGGAUAUCGACUUCAACUGUUUGCCACCGACCUCCGGUCACUCAGUUUAUUUUGUUCUGGUUCUGUCUUUUGGAUCUCAGUUUCCGAUUAAGCAUACGAUCCAGUAUUAACAGCACAAAGGGUUAACUUUAGGAAUGGGGAGGGGGGUUGCAAGGAACUUUAUUAUUUUCUUUUCCAGUUUUGCUUUGUUCUUUGGAGGAAAUUUUUAUUGUAUAUUAAACAUUCUUGCUGCUGCGCUGCAAAGCCAUAGCAGACAUGAGGCAUUGUUGAGGCUGCGAUGUUCUCCUAGUGGAGAGCAAGCCUUGGGUUGAAUUAAGAGCCCUCCUCAAAAAUGAUGUGGGGAGGUGAAGAGCCUCUGCCUCCACUACCCCCACCCGGCUGCCUUUCAAAGCAGAUCAUCCUCCCUCUGGUGUUGGACACUACCGGUAUCCGUCCCCGGCCGGCAGGGACCUCUGAAGCCUUCUUUGUGGCCUGGCUUGUAUUUUAACUGGUUAUUUUAUUUUAUUUUAUUGACCAUCCUGUGGUUUUUCUAAUGGAUUUUCAGGACUUUUGUAAUCUAGUAGCUAUCGAAGCUCUGCCACUUCCUAAACUUUAAGAACUUUAAUUGAACGUUUAAAUUGAAGGUGCUGUUUGUAGACACUUAGCCGCCCACUGAAAGCCCAGUCAUCAUGACAAACCCUUGCGUGUUCUCUUAAGAAAAUGAUGCUGGUCAUCGCAGCUUCAGCAUCUCCUGUUUCUGGAUGCUCAGCUCUCCCCCACCCCCAACUCCGUUUCCUGGCCCCCACCCCUCUCAACCCUUUGCUGUCCUGUGUAGUGAUUUGGUGAGAAGUUGCUGCCCACCACCCCUCGUCUCUGCACCAUGUGACUUUCAAGUUUUAUUACUGCAAUAAAAGUGCUUUAUGCUGGCUUUUCUCA